AAACAACUGAAAUCAAUGUUUAUGUUUGCAUUUAUCACGUGUGAAGUGAAGUGACAUAUCUUUCAUAUUGGGAUCAACUCUUGUGGCAAUAUUUUUGCGGUCAUAUAUCGGGAAGCAAUGGCCGAAUCGGUUGACAAGACAUGUGGUGUUUGUGGCGAUAAAGCCAUCGCCCGAAAUUUCUGCGCCUAUUCUUGUGAGUCAUGCAAAGCAUUCUUCCGGAGAAAUGCCAACAAUUUUGAGGAAAUGAAGUGCUAUUUCGGCGACAAAUGUCCGAUGAAUGUCGAGAUGAGGACUGUUUGCCGCAAAUGUAGACUAAGGAAGUGUUUCGCAAUCGGAAUGAGAAAAGAAUGGAUAUUAAAUGCUGACGAGAAGGAGAAAAGGAGGCGUAAAGUACUGCAUAAUCGGCAAAAACGCGGUAAAAGUGAUGCUAUAAAUGGUAGUGAAUCCGACACUACGACAACGACGGCGACCACCACUUCGGCUAAUCAGCCAUCGAUUGCCACCCAAUGUGUGGAGACAUUAGAUUUGGUGCACAUAUUAGAGGACAAAGACAUAAGUCUAGAGAAACUUGAUUUAGAGAUCAAACAAAUCGAGAGUUGUUUAUCGGAUGCGAGACCUGUUGCCGACAAUAGUGGCCAAGAAGUGAUGCAAAUGUCGGUGACAUCAAUGCCGAAACACAUACCAAACGACACGUUCACUUCGAUGGAGGGCAUGAAGUUUACAGAAGUGAUGGCCGUUACGGGUCUUAUUCGCAUACAAAUGGCCGACACUAGCGUCCAGUUAUACAACGAGUUGGAUGUGAUUAAAGCAUUGAUGGAUAAGUUUGAUGAAGGGAUCAGAGAAGUGGUGCUGGCAUUCAAAAAGUUUAAUCCGUUUCAAAGUCUGUGCAAAAGCGAUCAAAUCUCGCUCUUCAAGUCGGCGGCCACUCCUAUGAGUGUUAUCCGUGCCGUUCAUUGCUAUGACUACGAGUCCGAGAAUCUGGUCAUUCCUCUGUUAACAGUGAUUGCGUUGUUUGAUUCAAGUGGUGUCGAUGUAGUCCAUAGGAAAAACAUCAGACUUCAACGCGAGAUUUACAAGUAUUUACUGCAACGGUAUUUAAAGCUGAAGUACGGCUCGGAAAUUGAGGCCAAAUCCAAGUUUACAACACUUAUGAAAAGCAUGAAUGAGUCGAAGAGGUUCUGUCAACAGCUAAUGAUAUACUUCUUGAAUGCCUUGCCAUCCGAUGUGAGUCCACUCCUCAAUGAGAUCUUUGAUAGAGUGCCUCACGAUAUGCACAAUCAGUCCAUGUGUUUGGAUUUAGACUCUUUCUAA